GUUCAGGCCCUAGCUCAGUGCAUCAAUGGGGACUUCAGGACUGGAGGCCCGAGUUGAUGGACCUAAUAGGAAGGGUUGCCUUUUGCUGGCUUCAGUAGGAGCUACUGUGUUGGGGACUCUGCUGCUAUCUGUACCCCUCACUGUCUUGGCUGUGUUGGCCCUGAUGCCCCAAGAACAGGGGGGAAAGGUAGCUGAUCCUUCUGGUCCAGGAGGACAAUUGCUGCAACAAUUAGGAUUUCAUAAAUUGCCAGUGGAGUCCAGAUCAGAUUUCAGUUCCAUUCCUCCAGCUGCUCAUCUCAUAGGUGUCUCAAAAUCAGGUCAUGGGCUGCACUGGGUGUCAGGACACGAGGAAGCAUUUCUGAAGAGUGGAAUACAAUUCUUGGGGGAUGAAGGGCUACUGGCCCUUCCUCAAGAUGGAAUUUAUUUCCUUUAUUGUCAUAUUGGGUACAGGGGCCGAGCUCCCUCUGGUGGAGAACAGCCUCGCUCUCAUAAUCAGUUUGGGGACCCUGGAGUUCCUGUCAUCCUCAGCAGUUGGUUAUAUAGGGCUGGGGGAGCCUAUGGAUCAGGGGAGCCAGAACUGCUGCUUCAGGGAGCAGAGACUGUGACCUCUUCUGUGCGACAAACCAGGGGGGCUGAGCAGGGUACUUUGUGGUAUGCCAGUGUAGGAUUUGGAGGAUUGGUUCAGCUUCGAGGGGGUGAGAGGAUCUAUGUUAAUGUCAGUCACCUUGACAUGGUGGAUUUCAGGAGGGGGAAAACAUUCUUUGGAGCUGUAAUGGUGGGAUGAGGGACACAUAAAUACCUUGGGAAAUGUCCAUUGGUGGGAGUGGCAGUGACUUGGUUGACUGGAAUUGGGGGCUGUUCAGGUAAAGAGUCCCUAGGGAAAAUGAAGGCUAAAUGGUCAGAUGAGUAGGUCCUAGAGGUAAUAGAAGGAGGGAGAUAUGGGAAGAGAGAUAAAUUGUAAUUGUAUUCGUUUCUUAAAUAAGGUAUCAAGAGUAUCUUGUAAGUUUUUCCCCUGACAAUAAACAUGGUGGUUGUCUUCUCUA